GCUCAAGGCCUAGGCUAGGAAUCCCUACCUCACAGCCUCGGCCUGGUUGAUCGUGUCCAAGGUCCGCCUCAUCUCGGACAUUUCCAUAACGACUUAUCCAUCUUCGUACAUUUUUCCUUCAAGUUGUGGACGUCUUGUUUUUGUCAAUCAUGUGGUACCACUUAAUUGCUCUUCAACUGGUGGCCACAGCGGAUGUGAUCUCAGAUCCCUGCAUGGGACAAUGCCUUUCUGAAGAGGUUGGCGCCAGAGUCAUCAAUGAUGAUCACUCAACGCCUGCAAUUGGUUUGAUGCAGACCUUCUUGCAUUACAAACUUCGAGGCCAAAGCUUUGGCAAAGCGGAGGGAACCACGGUGACCGCUGUGCCGUCCUUCAAUCUGACCUUUGCUGGUGUUGAUCCAUCGAAUCCCUACCGCUUGCGUUCACUUGCCGAUGGUUGCCCCCUGAGCAAGGACCUGGGCUUCGAGGUGCCGUUUACCAUUAAGACCACGGCCCAAAUUCAAGCCUUCAGGGAGCUUGGCUUUAUUCGAUCGCUCCCUCACUGUGGUUGGACUUCAUUGACUUCAAUUUCGAAGUACUUCGCCAUAGGAGACACACUUGACAGGAACAACAGCCUUGCGAGAAACAUUUGUCUCGGCUGGGGAGCAGUUUCUAUCACCCUGAUGCUUUGGUCCUUCAUUUCUGUUUACAGGGUGCCCAGGAAAGGCACGACUGACACGGUGAAGACCGGGCUCGCCGAUGAGAUGAAGGCCUACCAGCGCGGAGUGUUCAAUUACAUGAGCCUCGGCUGGGUGGACGAACUCGUGGGGCGCUAUGGUAAAUGCUCUCAUGCUGUGAUCGACGACAAUGAGAUUGUGGUCAAUCGCCAGGAUGAGAACUUCGAACCCUAUGUGCUCUUCAAAAAGAACUGGGAAGAGGAGGUCAAACGCGCGGGGUCCGUGGAGAAGGCAUGGAUUUUGAGAGCACUAUACCACACAAUUGGCGGCAGAGCAGUUGCGUUAUUGUGCGUUUUGGCCCUGAUAGAGCAGCUGAGCUCGGGAGUGGUCAUGGUUAUUGGCCUCACCAUGUUCCUGAACUGUCUGGAGGAGUUGGACACGUAUCGACUAACACAUCCAGGUGAGCCGAUAGAUUUUCUAUCUCCAGUAAUCCUGACUUUGGUUUGGAUUUGGGGUUCUCCGAUGAUCUUCCGCGGAUCUGGAAUCAUUGCUUGCCUGGUGGAUGGGCACUAUACACAGAUUUGUGCAUCAGGUUUGGCAUCGAUUGUGUUCCACAAGGCCUUGAGGACACCGGCUGGGCAAGUGAAGUCAGAGAGGGACGUGGUAAAUGAUGAUGAAGAGGUCGAUCCUUUGGGCCUGCACAAACCCAAUCUGGUGCAGCUGCUCAAUGUGGAUAUUGUGGACUGUUGGGGUGGCCUCGUUGCUGAAACCUUUGGUACGAUCACUGCGCCAAUCUCUGCAAUUAUACUCCUGGUGAUCAUGAUCCAUCAGGUUGGCGACGCCUCGGCAACAGUCGGAGCAACCUAUGUGGUUCCUGUGAUGCUGCUCUCUACGAUUUUCGCAAGAUUUGGAAUGCACUUUUGGAGGAAGUACCAAAUAUGCUUGGACAAGCGCAUGAAGUGGCUAACUGAAACGCUCAUUUCAAUUCGCACAGUGAAAGCACUGGCCUGGGAACGCCUAUCCUAUGAGAGAUUGAUGGAGGCACGGGAUGGCGAGCUCAAAAACGCCAGGACCAUUAUCAUGCUGUCUGGCAUUAUUACCGCGAUUGGCCACACCGUGCCGUGGGGAGUGAUGAUUAUCACCAUUUGGUUCGCCGAGAGAAACGGCCCCGUGGAAGCACAUAAGAUCAUGAUCAUCCAACGCGUCAUUGGAGCCUUGCUGGGCAAUAUCGCGCAGCUGUCUGCUGGCCUUACGAGACUGAUGACAGUGCCCAACAGCUUCAACCGAAUCAAGCGUUUUUUAGCCCAACCCGACCGCCCAAAUAACGUGGUGCGGCAGCCAUCUUUACAGAACCAGAAUGCACCUGCCCUUCGGGUGACAGGCAGCUUCACAUAUGGCGGAACGAAGCCAAACCUGAAGAACCUGGACGUUGCAAUUCCGAAGGGGGAGUUGGUCGGUGUAAUUGGUCGAGUUGGCUCCGGGAAGACAACGUUCUUGCAGACCAUCAUUGGAGAACUGUACCCUAUAGAGAACAGCUUCGUGGAGGCUCCGGAUGCUUCGUCCGGCAAUGUCGCUUACUGCUCCCAGGUUCCUUGGAUCUUUGAGGGCACUUUGCGCGAGAACAUCGUGACGAAGUCAGCCAUGCACCAUGAUCGAUACUAUAGUUGCAUCUCUGCAGCUGGACUGGCACCCGAUUUGCAAAUCUUGCCUGGGGGUGACCAGGUGACCAUUGGCUCCUUCGGAAUCCGCCUAUCGGGUGGCCAACGAGCCCGCGUCGCACUCGCACGUGCAGCAUACAUGGAGGCGGCCAAUCUUGUACUGAUGGAUGAUCCUUUUGCGUCCGUGGAUGGCCCAACAGGCCAACAUAUCUUCAAUGAGCUUAUUCUUGGUUCUGUGAUGCGUGGCCGGACGCGAAUUGUCGUCACCCAGCCGGACAAGAUCCGGCUCCAACACUUUGACCGUGUGCUGCUCUUCGAAGACGGCUGCAUUGUAGCCAUGGGCCCACCAGCUGAGGUGAUGGAAACGGAGUCCUUCAAGCGAAUUCAAGCACAGGUUGAUGAAGAAGAAGUCCAGGUUCUUGCCAAAGGCAGCAGCCCAGCUCUUGCUCCCAGAAUGGACGUGGCACUUGCCGUGAAGGAAGCCAACGAAGCAGGCAUGCUGCUUCGUGAAGAGGAAGUCAGAGAAGACAUCACCUGGCCAACCUUUUGGUGGUGGGUGAAGACUGCAGGCUACACAAAUUUAUUUGUUGUCUUGUGCGCGAUCAUUCUCCAGGCAGUUGUGGAGCUCCGAGAGAGCUUGGUCAUUGCCGUAUGGGUCGACUCGAAGGUGACGCAGGCAAACACAUCAGAUAGCAUCUUUAUGACCCGGGUCAUCGUGGUUGUGCUGUGCUGUUGCGUUUGCAUUAGCAUCACAUACAUUUCAGUUUCGGUCACUGCGCUGGCGGCAGCACGGCUUAGACCCCAGAGUCUGCGUGACAGCCGAAGGCAUUGGUGGGAUGCGGUUGUUUUCAAUUUGAACCUGAGGCGUAUUCAUGACGAAGUCAUCAGUCGCUUGCUGAAAGCUCCUGUGGACAGGUUCUAUGACAAGCAUCCAGUGGGCCGACUAAUCAACCGCCUCUCCUUUGACAUGAAGCAGGUAGAUGAGACUUUUGUCACCACCCUCUUUGGCCUGUUGCAAUUGUUCAUUGGUAUGGUGACAACGAAUUUAUUCGUUCUCUCUGUCAUGCCUCGAUUUGUCUCCGUAUGCUCCUUUCCCAUCUAUGCUCUCACGCUCUACUUCGUCUAUUUAUAUCGAGGUACUGCCGUACCUUUGGUGUUUCACUCGAAGCACUGCUUGUCUUCUUUACAAGAUCUACAAGCGGUUGUCGUUACGCAGUGCAUCUCGAUCCGGGCGAAUGGUAUGAUGGAUAGCUUCAUGUCGCGCUACAAUCACUAUUCUCAUAGUGUGAUCCGCUCCCAGAACUUGAUCUAUUACAUUUGCAGAGCUUGGGCACAGUCCCGCGUGUUUCUUUGCUUUGGUGUUCUCACGGGAUACUUUGCUCUCAGCGGACUGUGGUAUGGUGUGCCGAUGGGGCUUCUGGCCACAUGCGUCAGCUUUUCUGUCUUUCAGAUGUCUUCGUUUGAAGGCUUAUGCCUUUCCUUCACGCAUUUUCUGAAUGUCCUCAACGCCCUGCAGCGCCUUGCAAAAUAUACCCAAGUGCCUGAAGAGGCGGCCUCUGAUAAUCCCAUGGACUUUUCCGUCCUGAAGCGCAGCAAGAUCCGCCGCGAUGAGCUGGUGCCUUUGCAGAUGCGAGCGGAGGGUAAGAUAGCUGGUGAGAGCACGGACUCUGCAUCCCUGCGGAUUUGUGUCAGAGGUGGGAAGCCCCUGCUGCGGCUCGGUGCUGAUGGCCGCCACUUAGAGUUCUUGGAUGGUUGCACACCAGAGGACUUGGCGCCUGGCUGCAAGGCGUUGCAAGGCUUGGAGGGAACAUUUCAGAUUGUGGCAGUCAACAGCUUGUCGACCUCAGCAGAACAAAUGGCGCGAGAGCUGUGCACGCCACCGGCAGUGAUCUGGGUGGACUUCUGGAACAGUGAUUUCAAAGAGGGCCUCUCUGUGGAGAUCGAAGACCUCACAGCAGGAUAUGGCACUGCGAAGAGUGUGCUGCACGGGGUCAGCUUGAGUAUUGUGCCACGUACCAAGUGUGCAUUUGUUGGCAAGACGGGCUGCGGGAAAUCCACAACUCUGCUGUGCCUUUUGCGCUUCCUAGAGCCCAGGAGAGGAAAGCUCCUGAUUGGAGGCCACGACACAUCAAAGCUUGGGUUGAAUGCAGUGCGUAGCAUGGUUGGCUUGGUGCCACAGGACCCGACUGUAUUUGAGGGCACUAUCCGCUUCAACAUUGAUCCAUUUGAUGAGUUCCCAGAUGCACGACUCUGGGAGGCUGUGCAGAGCGUGCAGUUGAUGCCAUACAUCCGCACGUUGCCAGAGGGCAUUGACACCCAUAUUGAGCGUGAUGGGAGCAACAUCAGCUUUGGGCAGAAACAAUUGCUGAGCCUUGCGCGCAUGGUGGUUCGCCAGCCUCCAGUACUUCUCUUAGACGAGUGCACCUCAGCCUUGGAUCCACUCACACAGGAAGCCGUGCAGAAAACCAUCCUCAAGGAUUUCCCGAGGACAACAACUAUUGCAGUGGCGCACCGGCUAGAAACCAUCAUGAGCUUUGAUCAGAUUGUUGUGUUUGACGAAGGAAAAGUUGUUGAGAAUGGCACUGUGGACAAAUUGCGGAAAGCAGAUGGAUUAUUUACGGCCAUGCUUCGGGCGAAGGGGAUGAAAUGAUCCAAUUUCCCUGGCUGCAAAGCAGCUGCUUGUUUUGCCUGAGCCGCCACUUUCGUUCAUGACCAAAGUGCUUUUUGGCGGGCAGACUGUCUCAGCGAAACUUCUGGGAGUUUGCCUCUCUUCUCCCUCCUUAGCUUUGCAUGAUGGCAGCAUACAGAGAGACACCUGUAGCUGCAGAUUGCUGUGCCAAAAGUUUGCUUGCUGAGUGAGAGCGCUUGCUGUUUGGC